GAUGCCGUGCCUGAGUCCCUCUUCCGGGAGAUGACAGUGCACGCGCACGGACUUAUCGCCGCUUUUCUCUCAUCCUGUCGGCUACGUCUGCUUCUACCGUGGAUGCACUGAAGUAGCCGAGCAGCUACAUGGAAGCACUUCUUAGAUUUAGUUGAAAAUUACUCCGCAACAGUGUAGCCUUAUUUUUGGUAGCGAAAAGACAAACAGAAUGUCGGCAAGUGCGGUGUAUGUGUUGGAUCUAAAGGGCAAGGUCCUCAUCUGCCGCAACUACAGAGGCGAUGUGGACAUGUCAGAGAUCGAGCACUUCAUGCCCAUCCUGAUGGAUAAGGAAGAAGAGGGCACCUUGUCUCCCAUCUUGGCCCAUGGAGGAGUCCGCUUCAUGUGGAUCAAGCACAACAACUUGUACCUUGUUGCUACGUCCAAGAAAAACGCUUGUGUCUCCUUGGUUUUCUCUUUCCUCUACAAGAUAAUCCAGGUGUUCUCCGAGUACUUCAAGGAGCUGGAGGAGGAGAGCAUCCGGGACAACUUUGUCAUCAUCUACGAGCUGAUGGACGAGCUGAUGGACUUUGGCUAUCCCCAGACCACGGACAGCAAGAUCCUGCAGGAGUACAUCACUCAGGAGGGGCACAAGCUGGACACCGGUGCCCCCCGCCCCCCGGCAACAGUAACCAACGCCGUGUCCUGGAGGUCAGAGGGCAUCAAGUACAGGAAAAACGAAGUCUUCCUGGACGUCAUCGAGUCGGUCAAUCUUCUGGUGAGCGCCAACGGGAACGUGCUGCGCAGCGAGAUCGUGGGCUCCAUAAAGAUGCGCGUGUUCCUGUCGGGGAUGCCCGAACUCCGCCUGGGCCUGAACGAUAAGGUUCUGUUCGAGAACACCGGACGAGGGAAGAGCAAGUCUGUGGAGCUGGAGGACGUGAAGUUCCAUCAGUGCGUGCGUCUGUCGCGCUUCGAGAACGACCGCACCAUCUCCUUCAUCCCGCCGGACGGAGAGUUUGAGCUCAUGUCCUACCGCCUCAACACGCAUGUGAAGCCAUUGAUCUGGAUCGAGUCUGUGAUCGAGAAGCAUUCGCAUAGCCGAAUCGAGUACAUGAUCAAGGCCAAGAGCCAGUUCAAAAGAAGGUCAACGGCCAACAACGUGGAGAUCCACAUUCCUGUCCCCACCGAUGCCGACUCGCCGAAGUUCAAGACCACAGUGGGCAGCGUGAAGUGGAUACCUGAGAACAGUGAGAUCGUCUGGUCCAUUAAAUCAUUCCCGGGGGGAAAGGAGUACCUGAUGCGGGCUCAUUUCGGGCUGCCGAGCGUAGAGGCAGAGGACAAGGAAGGAAAGCCCCCCAUCAGCGUGAAGUUCGAAAUCCCUUACUUCACUACCUCUGGAAUCCAGGUGCGCUACCUGAAGAUCAUUGAGAAAAGUGGAUAUCAGGCCCUGCCUUGGGUUCGAUACAUCACUCAGAACGGAGAUUACCAGCUGAGAACCCAGUAGAAGAAGCGCCAGGAACAGCUGGGUGGCAUCGUUCUCCGCCUCUGAUGUACAUUUGCAAGAAGUAUUUGUUGUGUUUUCAGUCACGGACCUCUGAGCGGUUUGCAGUUUUUGCAGUUAGAUCUGUUGAUAUUUCUAUUCAUUUUCAUACCGAUAGCAGUACGGAAUGAAGCUCACAACUCUCACUUGUAACCGUCUUCACAAGGAUUUCCUGCAGUGUCUUCAAAAUGAAACCUGCUUUGAAAAUGUUGCCACUUUUGCCGUUUGACAGGGGGGGAAAACCCAGAAAAACUCAAAGGAAGCCAAUUAGUAUAUUUCAUUCUCCUGUCAUUUCAUUCAGGUUUCAAAAGAUCAUUUAGAAAAUGCUCAUGUCAUUAAGGUCAUUAAUAUAAUUUAUCAUCCCCUGUGGGGUGAUGGUUGUCUUUUAUGUAAGGUACUGUAUGGUAUAGGUCAGUUUCAGGUGAACAUAGUUUGCCAUGUUCACGUUAUGCUACUUGGCAUAUAGCAGUGUUAUCAGAACGCACACAGUGUGUUCUUCACCUCUCCGUUUCGUUAUACUGUAUUUGGUCCCCUGUCCAUCAAUAAUAUCUCUAAAGUCACGUACGUACAUUUCAGACCAACAACUGUUUGUGUCACAUUUUCCUCUCGGUUCUUCUGACCAAGUUUUUAAAAGCACUGUUUGACAAACGUCUCGGUGGCCGUUUUGAAGCAGAAGUAGUUUUACGAUAAACUCUCUCCAGUACCGCGUGUGGUAGGAAAUGAAGUACAUGUGGGGAUAGAAGUGUGAAAGUACACUGAACGUCCUCCACGUGUUUAGAUGUUACUUUACUUGCAGGUCUGUUGUUACUACUUGCCGAGGGACAGUUGAAUGUGUUGUGUGUGAAUUUGCAUGAAGAAACGGCCGAUACGUGCAGUGUAGAUUGGAAGUCGAUCUCGCAGAAUGUAUUCAGAAGCCUGUGUGGUCUUUGGGUCAAAGUCAGGAUGGACAUCUCAUUCCUGUUGUGCUUUGACCCUUCCACAUUUUACCACCACUAAGAUGUUAAUUGCCAUCAUUUCCUUUUGUACGCAAUGUAUGAAACGUUUUUGUGUUUUUUUUUUUGGUUUUGUUUUGUUGGUUUUUUGUUUUGUUUGUUUGGUUUUUUUAGUUUUGUCUAUCGGAAAAUCAGUGUUAAUGGGCUUAGUCCAAAGCAUUCACAUUGUGUACAUGCAAAACCACUGCAUUACAAAUGGAUCUUGAUAAAGCAACUGUUUAGAAGCUGCCCGUGUUGUCCUGUGUGCAAAAGUGGCAGCAUUUUAGCCAAUGAAAGUCUUUCUCUUUCUCUCGCUCUCGCUCUCGCCCUCUCUCUCUCUCUCUCUCUCUCUCUCUCUCUCUCUCUCUCUGUUGAAGUCUUCAUAUGGACUUCUGUAUCCCAACUAAUUGGUUGAGACUCUUUCGUCUCUAUAUUAUUGGUCAAACAUGUUCAUUUCUGAAAUCCAGCAACAACAAAACUAUUCUGCUAAAAUUUCCCUCGCAUCGGAUCAUGCUGGUGUUGUGACCAGGGCCACUGAAGCAUGAAUUUGGUGUGAUUUGCUCUUGUGCCAAGUACUGUAUUAAUAUAGAGACAAGUAGCAUCUUGAAAUAUGCUGCCAAAACAUGUCUUUAGAAUAGUACGUAAUACUGAACUGAAGGAAAAACACCCACACAGAUACAUAAAAAGUAAGCGGUCUCUCUCUUUAUGGUAUCCCAUUUUAAUCUUUGCAAAAACAGUGGCCCUAGUUUGCUUGUAUGUGGCCUGUAUGCCAUAUUUGUAGCUUAAGCCAUUAUUAAUGUAGUUCUUAGUGAGUAAUUGUGGGAGGCAGAAAGGAAAAUCCCUUUGGUCUCUGAGGAGCAGUGAUGUUACUUAUUUGCCUCUGCCUUCUUGGUCAUUGUCAAAGUCUCUAUUAAAUGCCAACCAUCUGUUUGGAGAUAUGUGUUUCAUUAAAGUAGUUUUCUGGUAAUAA